GUUAUGUGUAGAGGUGUUGUAGUAAGGUUAUGUGUAGAGGUGUUGUGAUAAGGUUCUGUGUAGAGGUGUUGUAGUAAGGUUAUGUGUAGAGGUGUUGUAGUAAGGUUAUGUGUAGAGGUGUUGUGAUAAGGUUAUGUGUAGAGGUGUUGUAGAGGUGUUGUAGUAAGGUUAUGUGUAGAGGUGUUGUGCUCGUCUUCGGCACCCUCUACCCGGCCUACAACUCCUACAAGGCUGUGAAGACGAAGAACGUCAGGGAAUAUGUACGUUGGAUGAUGUACUGGAUCGUUUUUGCUCUCUACACCGUGGUGGAGACCAUCGCUGACCUGACCGUAUCCUGGUUUCCGUUGUAUUAUGAGCUGAAGAUUGCCUUUGUGAUAUGGCUGUUGUCUCCCUACACCAGAGGAGCCAGCCUCAUCUACAGGAAGGUCCUGCACCCACUGCUGUCCUCCAGAGAAAGGGAGAUCGACGACUACAUUGUCCAAGCCAAAGAGCGCAGCUAUGAGACCAUGGUGAACUUCGGCAAGCAGGGCCUAAGUAUAGCAGCCACAGCAGCUGUCUCCGCAGCUGUCAAGGCAAGUGCAGAUCGCUCCCCGUGUGUGUGUGUGUGUGUGUGUGUGUGUGUGUGUGUG